AUGACCGAUAUUAUCUCCCGUGUGGAGAGACUAAAAAACAGAAUUCGCGUCAAACGAGAAGAAGUGCACCGCCAUUUGGAUGCCUCGUUUUACCGUCAGUGCCGCAGUGUCCUCCGUGCCGUGAUGAAGCACGAUGAAAACGGCAUAUUCGCCUCUAAUCCUGCUGUAUUACCGGAGUACGUGCUGAUGAUUUCGCGUCCAAUGUGGUGGAAACUCAUUUCUCGGCGUCUUGACAAUUACGAGUACGCCAACAAGAUGGAGUUUGUGCGUGAUAUGAGGCUUGUGAUGGACAACUGCUACGCGUACAAUGGUGAUGCUUCUCCAGUGGCAACGUUAGGGCGGCGCCUGGAGGUGGUGAUGGAGGAUCUCUUCGUGACAGAGCUUGCCGUCGCGCCACCAGAUGCAAGAGAGAUCAUAACACUUGGCAAGGGUGUAACGCAUGCGCAGGCCCGGCAGCUGUGGGACAUAGUGUGCCGCUACGAGGGUGAGGGGCAGGGAACUUCCGCUGUGCGACGGCACAUUGUCCCUUCACAGCUCAAGUGUGCGACGCAGCGGCGUGUGGUUGCCUUUCUUCGCCACAAAAAAGAAGUAAACGAACAGGCUGGUCGCUCGGGAAAAGCUUCCGCCGCACACCAGCAAAGGCAAACACUUCCUCGGCCUGUGAAACCGCAGGCGCCGCCGCAGCCGACGCGAAGUCUACUGGAGGAUGACGCGGACGUCUCCUUCAGUGCAGAUCAGAAGGUGACGCCAAAGCCUCCGCAGGGGCUACACCUUGAGCGCGUGCCGCAGAACAAACGAUUGGAGUUUACCUCGUUCCGUCCAGUUAGCCCUAUUCAUCUUGAAAGCUCGGAUGCUGGGGAUGCAGAAGAAGGAAAAGGAGAAGUGUGA